AUGGCAUCAUCACUCAGCAGGGUCAACCUACUUCCGACCACAAGAACUCUCGCUUCGGGUGUUCCUCUUGCGACCAAAUUAAACCACGCCAUCCCCACUGGUUUGGCAGGAGGUGAUCACCAUGGUGCAACAGGUGCCAGAUCUGAUGUACCUAAAUCUUGGGCUUUCAAAUCUGGCGUUAGAGGACAUUUGGGAAAGACCAAUGCCCUUCCUACAUCAUCAUCAUUUCAACAACGAUUCAUCUCAACUUCUACACCCGUAUCAGCUGAUACUCACCAUCCAAUGGUCGGCGCCACAGGUGUACGAAGAACUCCCGCAACUGGUGUCCCAGAUUUCUCACCUUACAAAGCCAAGAACCCAGGAUUGAACAGGACGAUCUCUUAUUUCAUGGUUGGAGGUUUAGGUGUUUUAGGUGCAUCAGGUAUCAAAUCUACCGUGUCUGAUAUUCUAUCAAACAUGGCUGCUUCGGCGGAUGUUUUGGCUUUGGCUAAAAUCGAAGUUGAGAUGGGUGCUAUUCCAGAGGGUAAAAACUUGAUCGUAAAAUGGAGAGGAAAGCCAGUCUUCAUCCGACAUCGAACUGCUGAUGAGAUUGAUGAAGCCAACAAAGUUGACGUCAAGCAUUUGAGAGAUCCCGAGAACGAUUCUGACCGAGUGCAAAGACCAGAGUGGCUCGUCAUGUUGGGUGUAUGUACUCAUUUAGGUUGUGUACCCAUCGGAGAAGCUGGUGAUUACGGAGGAUGGUUCUGUCCUUGUCACGGAUCCCAUUACGAUAUCUCAGGUAGAAUUAGACGUGGUCCAGCUCCUUUGAACCUCGAAAUUCCAGAAUAUCAAUUCAACGAUGACGAAGAAAAGAUCGUCAUUGGUUAG